CUCAUCCCUUUGCUUCUGAUCAUCUCACUUGUUGUUCCACCUUUCAUUAAUCCUCAAAACUCUUUUGCCUUCUUCAGCUCGAAUUCGUCGUCUCUAGAAGCUUCCACUGCUCAUCAUCAACACACAAAUCAAAGAGAGCAAGAGAGGUUGGAGAAAAGCGAGGCGAUUCUUGCGAAAGCGCGCUCUUCCAUUAGAGAAGCUGCUGCAAAUAAGCCUCAGUUGAUAGCAGAUGAUCAUAUUCCUCAAGGGCCCUCUUUAUAGGAAUGCUAAUGCAUUUCUUAGGAGCUAUGAAGAAAUGGAAAAGGUGUUCAAAAUUUAUGUAUACGAGGAAGGAGAAAUGCCAAUAUUCCACAAUGGGCCAUGCAAAAGUAGGGUUUAUCGAACACGUGAUCCGAGGCGAGCGCACGUGUUUUUCUUGCCCUUUAGUGUUGCAGUGAUGGUUCAGCAUCUGUAUGAGGCAGGAAGCAAGGAUAGAGAUGCCAUAGUUGAAGUUGUUGCAGAUUUUGUGCACAUGGUUUCUUUGAAGCAUCCCUUUUGGAAUUCUAGCCUUGGAGCUGAUCAUUUCAUGCUUUCUUGCCAUGAUUGGGGUCCAUUCUCAACUAGGCAUGUUCCAAACUUAUUCCACAAUUCAAUAAGAGUUUUGUGCAAUGCCAAUACCUCAGAAGGUUUCAAUCCUGUGAAAGAUGCAUCAUUGCCUGAGAUCAACCUCAAGACAGGGGAAGAGAGUGACUGGCUUCUCGGUGGCACUCCGCCUCUGCAGCGGCCGUUCCUAGCCUUCUUCGCGGGCGGCUUGCACGGCCACAUACGGCACCUCCUCUUGGGGCAUUGGAAAGGCAAGGAGGACCCUCAAAUGAAGGUCUAUGAUAAGCUCCCAACAAAUGUUUCUUAUAAAACCAUGUUGAGGAACAGCAGGUUCUGCCUGUGUCCUAGUGGCUAUGAAGUUGCUAGCCCGCGGGUGGUGGAGGCGAUCUACUCACAGUGCAUCCCGGUUUUGAUAUCCGAUGGGUACGUCCCACCACUCAACGACGUGCUCAACUGGGGCGAGUUCUCGCUAGUGAUAGAGGUGGAGAAUAUAGCGAAUAUUAAAACGAUACUGAUGAGUGUGUCGGAAGAGAAGUAUCUGAGGAUGUUUGAGAGGCUGGGGCAAGUACAGAAACAUUUUGUGAUGAAUACACCUCCUAAAAGAUUUGAUCUUUUUCACAUGAUUGUCCACUCUGUUUGGCUUAGGAGGUUGAAUAUCAAAAUAAGAAAUAUGUAACUUUGUUCAAUUUUAUUUUCCCUCUAUUCUAAACUGGUAUAAUAAACAAGCUAUCUAGUUUC